AUGGGCUGGCCAGUGUGUAAUACCACAGAGGAAGAAGCGAUUGAGGAGGUCGCACUCUGGGAUGGCGGCAUUACAUUUCAUUCCCUAGCACUCCUGGUGGGCGGCGCUUGCGCUAUUGUCGCCUGUGUUGUAUCUUUAGUCCUGAUUAUGCUACAUGCAACACAUUACAGCAAGCCGAUCGAACAGCGACAUAUUAUUCGUAUCCUAUUUAUGGUCCCCGUCUAUUCCCUCGUCGCAUGGCUCAGCAUUUACUUCUACCGUGACUCUGUCUACUUUGAGGUCAUGGGUGACUGCUACGAAGCGUUCUGUAUCUCCGCCUUCUUUUCCCUCAUGUGCCACUAUAUCGCCCCGGAUCUACACAGCCAGAAGGAUUACUUCCGUGGAAUUCAGCCAAAGGAAUGGCUCUGGCCGUUGAGUUGGCUUCAAAAAUGCUGUGGUGGCGACCGCAUCUGGCGGACACCGCGCAGUGGAUUGACAUGGUUCAAUAUUGUCUGGGUCGGGGUUUUCCAAUACUGUCUGAUGCGCGUUCUUAUGACCAUCGUUGCGGUUGUCGCGCAGGCUUUCGGGGUGUACUGCGAGGCGUCGCUGAGUCCCGCAUUUGCGCAUAUCUGGACCGUCGUCAUUGAAUCGGUCUCAGUCACUAUCGCCAUGUACUGCCUGAUCCAGUUCUACCACCAGACCAGCCAAGAUAUCAAGCAACAUCAGCCAUUUUUGAAGAUCCUGUCGAUCAAGCUCGUCAUUUUCCUUUCAUUCUGGCAGUCGAUACUCAUCAACCUUCUAGUCUCCGAAGGCGCUAUAUCAGCGACUGACAAAAUCGCCAUGAACGAUCUCAAAGUCGGACUCCCGGAGCUGAUGAUCAACUGCGAGAUGGCUAUAUUUGGUAUACUCCAUCUCUGGGCCUUCUCAUGGAAGUCCUACACCCUCGCCAACCAGUCAAGCGAAGUGACUGAUUUCUACGGCAACGGUAAGGCUGCAUAUCAAGGUGGACGCUAUGGCAUAAGGGCCUUGAUCGAUGCCAUGAACCCAUUGGACCUCUUAAAGGCCAUUGGUCGAAGUGCCCGUUGGCUGUUUGUCGGCCGCAAAAGUCGUAUGCUGGACCCCAGCUAUCAGCCACAAGACGAGUCACUCGGCCUCCAGCCACCCCAGCACGGCAGCGAACUCACCCAACAUGGAACGACUUACCGUGGUGCCGGAACGGCCAUGUCAGGAGGCCGAACGGGCCGUUAUGGUGACACGCCCUACGAAGAGGCCGAUGUGCUUCUCGCCCACGCACAACCAAAUCCCGAGAUCGCGCUCACGGGCACCCCGCCGUAUGCGUCGGACUUCGAUGACCAUGUUCAAAACCCGUCAACUGGUUUGUACGGGCGAACCUCGUCGCCCUAUGAGGAUCCCUCGCUUCGCAGUCAUGACAAUCUGUACUCGGAAUCGCCGGUCCAGCCUUACCCAUUCAACGGCCCUCUCCGUGAGCAAGUCCCUAUGCCCAUGCCGGAUCCUUACCAUCCUCCUCCUCCAUAUCCUACCAACCAUCAUUCAUGA